UCUGUUGUUCCGCCACUACAACGACGCCAUACAUUACCGACAGUCGUCAUUUAGUUUGGCCGCCGUUCAAAUAUCUUAUUCCUCUUUAUUUUUUCGGCUCUCUAAGAAGUUGCGGGGAAAAUGCCACCAAAGAUUUCGCCCAGCCGGCGACGGUCGAUCGCAGUGCUUGGACAGCCCUCGUCUAAGACUAUUCAGAAGAAGCGGAGAGCGUACAGCAUAGUUCCCGGUGAGAAACUCAGUCCAGCUGCGAGAGCCCGAAAUUUGGUACAAAAUUCCUGAA